CGUUCCCGCCGUUCUGUGCGUCCGCGUGUCUUGUCGUCGUCGUUGUCGUCGUUUAUUUUUUUCAAAUUAUUUUUCGCGUGCGCGAUUUCGUCUUCGUUUCGUUCCCGAGCGGACGGUAACCGGCGAAAAUACUAAUCCACACUGUCCGUUCAAAUAUUAUUGUUGUUCCGCGCGGUGUCGGUUAUCGUUUUCGUUUUUUUUUUUCUCUUCUACGUUCUACAAUCGGUCAAUGUUCGUAUUUUUUUUUCAUCGGAUAUAUAUAUAUAUAUAUUAAAAUUCAGAGCGAGUGUUUUAUACCAUCGGCGAUAAUUACCGUCAAGAGUCGGAACGAACCGAGGGAAACGUUUCAAAACGACGACGAAUUCUACAAUAUCAUUAUAGGUACACGUUAUAUUUUCAUAUGGUUUUUUUUUUUUUAUAAUAUUUUUAAGGGUAAGUCCGACGGAGUCUUUCGCCCCGACACCGUAAAUAUACAAUAACAGCAACAACAAUGAUAAUAAUAACUGCUAUAACGUCUGGGGCUUUUCGGCGUGCCGUUACACGUCAAAUUGAUCGUUUUCGAGCUCGCGCUAGACAAACCCAUUAUUAUUGUACCCGCCGCCCCCCACGUUGCCCCCGAAGGUCCGUGCGCGGGAUUUAACGACGCGACACGAGAUCCCCGGGGACCCGAGAUCUAUCAGCGAAACUUUGUCGCCGACACUGCCGCGCGAUUAACUCGCGGAUGUCGCACGGCACCCCCUAAGUUUUCUCCGGUUUUCAGACCGCCGCGACCGACCGUAAUAUUGUUCUUCCUGCCGUUUAUUACAUUAUACUCUUUAAGAGUUUUGAACCGAUUGAAAUAUUAAAUACCGUUGAACGGGAAACCGAAAGUUCUGAACGGAAAACCGACGAAGUCUCCGCGCUUCGAGACGGUGCCGGAGUGAAAAUCCGCUCGUGAAAAGUACGCGUACGCCGCGUUCAGGAAUAUCGUCGUGGUUUUCCCGGCGAUUAUCCAGACGACUUCCCGUAAAGUCACCGAAACGUUUGUGCGUCGCAAUUUCCGUUUAGAGAUUUUACCCCGCACCCGGAGUUAUCGGCGUCGUGGGUAUAGUAGGUUUUGAUCAGGUUCGCCGCCGCCCCUUGGACUGUGCGAAUUCCCCCGAGCACGUCGAAUAUCGCAAUUUUUUUAAAAAAAAAACGAAAUAUUGUCCAGGUCGCGCGUCAGUAAGACCGAGACGGUGCCGUCGUCGCCGACAUUGAAAAUCGAAACAUCUCGAGUCGCUAAGACGCGCUUUUCGUUUGGCGAAAACGCCAGUAAUUGUAUUGCGAUUUGAUCCGUUUCGGACGCCGCAAGUUGUUCGAGUUUAGCCGCCUGGCGGUUUUGAAAAUACAAUCCGCUCGUAUCGAAAACCACGCGAAAUUUACCCGAGCCGCGUGUCGAUUCUACCGCAGGCUUUGAACCGAGAACGCCGUAGACACUUGGGCUUUUAAUUUUCAUCGAACACCCGUGUUGUUCUUACGAUUCGGUAUUGCCAUCGUUCUUCUUUUGUUUUUUCCAUUCGAAGCGGCCGCGGACUCGUUAGUUUUAUGUGUUUUACAGUCUCGCGUCCGUAAAAUACCACGAUAACGGGUCGUGGUAUUGUCGUGUUCAACGCGUUAUUUCAAACGGCUUACGGUGCGCGAACGACGCGAAAUGCACGUGUAUUCGGACGGAAACCGUCACAACGCGGGUACGUUCGAAACGACAAACAAAAAAAAAAAAAACAAAAACAAUUUCAAUCACACGCAUAAACCGUAGGGACGUACGCGGGACUAUACGUCGAUUAAUUAUCCUCGCGGGCGACAAAUGCCCGUUUUUUCGUUUCUUUUUAUCCGUUUCGAAACGCGUGCCGGGCGUCAUACCGCGCGUGCAUAUUUUCACAACGGCCGUCAACGGAUUAUUAUUCUAUUAUAUUUCAUUCGCUUUGUAUACGUAUUAAAUACGUCUCGGCGUCGGCGGAUAAUCGUUUUUUUAAAAAUUAUUUCAAUUUAUUUUCCGCGUCCGUUUGAAAGGAAAAGAUGAGGAAAAAAAAAAAGGAAGAAUUUUUGCCCGUCCCGUGCAGCGGUGUCGUAACGCGGCGAGCGUGACGAACGCGAAACGCGAAAACAAACGUUUUGACGACGAUUUCUCCGGGUCGGAACAAAACGGUAGGACGCGUCUUUUUUUUUUCUAUGUUUUCCGGUACGAUGAACCCCGGGGGCGAUGAAUGCGAUUCCCGCACGACCCGCGAUUCCUUGACGAUAUUUUCGGCCGAAAUUCGUAUUUUCCGGCGUACGGAUUCGAUCGGUCCGCGGGUAAGCCGCCCACACUGUGCGCGGACCGUGCGUAUUGGGAGGACUCGCGGAGGUCCGACGUCCGAAACGGAUUUCGUAACCUGAACUAACCUUUUUACGGUUUAUCAUUUUAUUGUGAUAACUGCCGGAAAAUCGCGUCUCGAUUCCUCCGUUUCGUGUUUUGAUGAUAUUAUAUUAUCCAUCGGAAAAAUAUGAACUACAAGAAUCGCAGGCUGUUUCUACAGUAGUUAUUACGAGAAAAAAAGGAAAUUUUGGAAAAAAUAUCGAACAAAAGUCAUUUCACGCGUCGGAUCUUCGUUUGCACGCGCCGUAUCUCAGCCAGUUUCUCCCCCCCCUAUAAAUUACAAUACAGCCUAUUAUUACUAUUAUCAAGGUAUUAUAAUAUUAUAAUAGAUAAUUUAUAUUCAUUAUAAUGAUACUUAGGUAAUAAUUCGUAUAACAUUUACAACGAAUGUAUUCAAAUUCGUUUUAAGUGGUUGGAAAUUGAAGGUUAUACGUUUUUUUUUGUUUAUUUGUUGGUUUUUUUUUUAUAUAUACACCAACGUAGGCAGGUUAUAAUGUACUCGCACGUACGUCAUUUCAAUCUAAAUUGUUUUAUUUUUUAUCGUGUUUGUAUAUGUUUCAAUAUAAAUUCAAAAAUAUUGCACAUAAUGUAUAUUGUAUACAAUACGUAACCUAAAUACGUAAAAUAUUUGUCCGAGAUUCGGGUAAUUAAACGAGUAUAUUGUGACGCGCGAUUUUAUUUCGUUUAUUGCAACUGUACUUAUUUCGAUAUUCAAAUAUUUAAAUAAUAACUAAUGUAGGACAAAAAAUGUAUUAAAUGCGUUGAAAAAAAUUAAGUCGCAAUCUAGAACAGUGGUUUUUAAACAGUGUGCCGCGGUCUUUUAAAAUCGUUUUCCAUAAAUUAUGACUGACCGGAUGAAUUCGUAACUCUUUUGAUUAUGACUCGUUCUAGUAUGACCCAAAAUGUUUUCAAGAGCGAAGUGUGCCGUUGUCAAAAAGAAGUCUGAAAACCGCUAGUCUAGAGUAUUGCGAGGUUCGUCUGGAGACUGCAGUGUUAUUUUCGACCGGUUUCAAUUUCAACACUGAAAAUUGUAAAACGCUACGCUGAAUCGCAUUACACAUGAUCGUUUCCUGAUAAUAUUUUUUUUAUGAUCGUAACCGGAUAAUACAUCAGGUUUAUAGGUAUUUUUUUUUAUUUUACAUAAAAUAUUAUAUACUUUUUAUACUAAUUAAAAUCAAAUUUUCGUUCUCCGGAAUUAAUAUUUUUAUAUUUUUUUAUUAUUAUUUGACUUUCAACAGUUUCACAAAUACCGGAAUUUUUUAUUUUUAAAAUCUGGCAGUAUCUAUUGAACUUAGGUAUAACGUUAUGAAUCCAGUGGUUAAAAGGUAAAAAACUUGUUACCAUAUUUAAUUGAAAACUGAAAGGCGUUUUCGAAACUGAUAAAACUUAAAUUUAACCCUAAUCCUAACCUAACUUUCCGGAAAUCCAUUACGGAGACGAUACUUCUAAAAUGUUUUUCUCUCCGACAAAUUUGAAAACAUAUUAUACUAAUAGGGUUUAAAAACAAACUGCACCCCAUCUCCCCUUCAGAUAUCAUCAUACGCAUGCGCCUGCUCAUUAAAAAUAAAGUAAAGCACCAGAGUCUGAUUACGUAUAAUCUAAUAAGGUAUUAACGCAUUUUUUUCUAAUAAAAUGAAUUUGUGUUUUUAAAAUUUCGUUGAGGGGAUUGAUGAGAGUGUAUAUUUAGAUCAAUAAAAUCCGUAUAGAACUGUAGCGAUUGUGUUUGACGGAUUUCAAUUUUGAAAACGGAUUAUGAUUCUUUAUUAUGAUAUAUUGGAAAUAGAAAUUCUAUUUUUUUUUGUUUUUAAAUGCAAAUUGUAAAAAAUUGUUUGUAUUUUCGAAAAUUAUUUCAACAUUUACUUAAAGUGUUUCGCCUUUCACUUGAGAAGAAAUAACUCCAAAGUGUCCUGGUUAUGAACCUAACGAGUAAUAAUACGUUUUAAAAAUUGAAAUCCGUCGAACGCAAUUUCCACCGUUUUGUCUGACUUUUCGUUCUGAACCGUCAUAUUCGUUCGUGAACACGACCAUACUGCUUCCCCUUAAAUGGAUAUCAGCCAGUAGAUUAGCGGAAAAGUCUAAUUAUUAAGACGAUGGUCAUGGAAAUGUAAUAAACAAUUGGAAACAAUUUGAAUAACCGUCGUCACCGAUCUCCUUGAAAAACGUCUCGGUGACAAUAACUAAAGCGUUCCCCCCUCCCGGGACUCAGGAGACUCGAACUAAAGGGAACCGAUCAUUUUACGUUAGACGAGAAGGAAGGAGUAUCCACUCCCACUUUAAUCGCCGGAUAUAAUAUAUAUUUAUAGUUUUUUUCGUUACGUCGAAUGCGAUUAUUGUACUAUAUUUUCUAUGGUACGGUUCCGCACCUGGUAGUUUUGUAGUUUUUACUUUUUUUUUUUUCAAAUUACUCCGAAAAUACAUUAUUACCAAGCAUAUACAAUACAGAAAUUGACUGUGCUCUCGUUGAACGGACCACGGAAAUAAUAUACGCGUAGAGCGAUAAUACGAAUGUGUAUAGAGUUCAACAACAAAAACGUACCUCGAAACAUCGCAUUGUCUCUCGUCCGCUCUUGUUCAGCUCUCCGUCGAUCCUCGUUGAGCCCGCAAACAAGACUAUCACGACCCCGACAGUGUUCCUCACGAUCCUCUUUAUAUGAAACGGAAUUACAAUAAUAAAAAUAAUAAUAUUCCGCUUUCUCCCGUUCGAAUAAUCGCUUUACUACGCAGCGAUCGUAAUAAGUUAAACGCGUUUCAUUAUUAUUAUUAUUAUUAUUAUUAUUAUUAUUUUUUGUUACGCUUUUCUCGCGUGAUAUCAUUAUAAUAUAUUAUUGUAAAGGUGUGUGUGUGUGUGUGUGUGUGUGUGUGUGUGCACUGCAUUACAUCCGUUUUCGUAUACUGAUGUGUAUAAUAUGUAUCGGAUGAAUCAUUUUGAAUAACUCUGUAUUAUAUAUGGGUACAUCAUUUCUUAUCAUUUCUUCUUUGCGCACGAUCUACUCUUGUUGUUAUUGUACGUACAAUAUAAUAUAAUAAAAAAAAUGUGUAGUAUAAUGUACCUAUGUAUGCGUAAGCACUCGCCUUCUGCCUUACCGAUGUGUAUAUAAAUCGUAUCGCGUAUAUUUUUAUACGAGUCGAUAAUAUUGUAGACGGUGUCUUAUAUUAUGAUAUUAUAUUGGAUUUAAUAUACGUAUGCAUAGUGAUUUACUCAUGUUGCCGGAGAAAAAUCACGGGGUUUUUUUUUUUUUUUCACAGUAUCGCGUACCGUAUUUGUCCUCGACAUUUGACAUUUAAAGUACAAUGCGUACAUUAUAUUAUUCGAAACGAGGGUUUCGCAUCCUCGCGUGCUGCAAUUUUAUUCCGUAUAGGUAAUAUAUCAUAACCACGUGCCGCGCAAACCUUUCGCCGGUCCGAGAGCAUUUCGACAUGACGUUUCGAAUUUAUCUCGAAUCGCGGCAAUAGCCUCCCGUGUCGAUUUCCACGGCAAACGUACGCCGUUUGUCGAAUUUAAUCUAACCUGGCCGAAAAUAGAGACGAUCCGUGCACUGACCACGUCUGCUAUAUAUAUGGUAAAUGUAUAUUCCCCCCCCCCUCUCUCACCAGUAUUUUUGGAUACUUUUGGCGAAAUCAGCUUAAUUUUGAAUUUAGAGUAAAAGUACCUAUUAAUCAAUUAAUGUUCAGAGAAGAAUAUUUUGGACGGAAUCUCAUCGGGUUUUUCUAUUAUUUUAAAUAGCAGCUCGAUAUGAAAGGCGCAAAAACAUUUUUUUUUGUUUUCUAAAUAACCGUCGUAACUUUUUUAAUAGCUCAUAAAUCAAAAAAAAAAAACAAGCACCCGCUCCUCCGAAAUAUUGUUCUCUGUGAAUUUCACAAUAGGUAUUUUUACCCUAAAAUCAAAAUUAAGUUGGUUUUACUUAGCAUUAUUUUCGCACGUUGCCCGGUAGCUGGACCGAGAUACACACGAGUGUGGCGUCCUCUUGAGGUUUUUCGUCGGCGGUUUGAAAUGAUAACAUUUCGUUCGAAUUUAAAUAUGUAUUCGUCUCCACGUUAUUAUUGCGGGCGGAAUGUGUAUUUUUUUUUCUUCAUUACUUUUGUAGACCCCCGCAGAUCGCGCGAAUGAUAGCACCGGUAGGAAGACGUAUUGUAGACUUUCGGGUAUUUCAAUUCACGAUUUCCUUCCCGGCCGUUCUUCGUGUUUUCACCGGAAAUACCGAGCUUUUGAUGUACUGCGUGAAUAUAUUAAUAUAAACAGUAUUGCGGUUGUCGAGAACGUGCUUUCGAAAGUUUUUGAAUCCCUGCCCCGCCGCCCCCGUGUCGUCUCGCCGUUGGUACGUUAGGAAAAAUCUCGAGGACCGCUUUACCGUAUUUUCAUAUUGUCACGGCAACAAGUCGGCCAGCGGAAAAUUCGACUCCAGCGGUGAAGCUCUGUUACUUGCGGGCGUUUUUAAAAAAAUAUUUUCUCUUUACGGGUUUCGGAUGUUAUUCAUUAGUUAUAAUAUCGCGACGCGUAAAACGAAAUCGCAACGAAAAAUAAAUCCGGAUAGUAAUUUUUUUAUUAUUAUAUUAUUUUUAUUUUUUUUUAACCGGUCGGACAAAAUUCUAUCACGGAAUUAUUAUUGUUAUGCACAUCUGCGUAUUUUCGACGGCGUUAAACCGACUCGUUACGGACCGACAAACCGAAUUCGCGUAUUUUUUGUUUUUCAAAUCUACGCGUUUCUGUCGAUUUUUAAUAAUUUAUACAUUCGUAAAGCACGAAGAUACACGCGCGUAUUGAAUAUUUCAAUAUUUAAACACAAUAUAUGUAUUGUAUUUGCCACGGUUUUUUUUUUUUUUUUUAGCAAUUUCAACAAUUUCGGGCUCUCGUUUCGUUAUAUUACACCGGAAUAACAUAGAGUCAAAACGAAUAAUUACCUAGCUGAUCGGACCGUUUUGAUAUUUCCGUCGAAUACGAUCGGACCUAACCUAACCUCAGAAAAACGACUGUGAACCGUUCGAGAUCGACGAUGUUUUCGACGUUUAGGGACGUAAUAAUAUUAUUAUGUCCGUGGUCCGCACUUUCGGCCGUCGUCGCGCUUUUUCCGUUCGGAGUUCUUUUCGGGUAAAUUUGUUCGGGUUGCCAGCGCGAGACGACGACGACUUUAAUUAUUAUUCUCGGUUCGCGCGGCCAAAAGUGCGUAUCGUCCCUGGGGACCCUGGCAUUUCCGACGGAAAAACCGUUUUAUACAAUAUUUUUAUCGUUAUGGUUAUUAUUGUUAUUAUGUUUCGCCGUAUGCGAUUCUUCGGUACGAUUCUUCGUACGUUCGGCCGGCGCGUGUUAUCGAUCGUUUACCGCUGACCCGGCCACUAUACCGCGUAUAAUAAUAAUAAUAAUACUAAUAGUAAUGACGACGAUGAUAAUAAUAAAAAUAAUAACACGACCCGAUGUACAAGUGUCCGUUUUCGCCAGUUAUCGGGCGUGGAUUCGAACCUCGAUUUAUCAAUAUUUUUUCAAUUCGUCCGAUUGGUAGACCGCUGCGGCGGCGCGGGCGUUACAUAUACGCACGCAUACGUGUAUUUCGUACACGUAAUAUUAUUAUAGACGGUCUUAUAUUAUGUCCGAUAAAAAAUAUUACACGCGUAUUAUUGAUGAAAACGAAAGAAAAAAAAAAAUUCGACGUUUUAUUAUCGCGGCUACGGUAGUGUAGUGCAGUGGGUACGUAUAGGCACCCGGGGUAAAAGCUUCGAACGCCUAUAUUAUAUGCGAAAAAAAAAUAAAAAAAAAACAACCGAACCGAACGUUAUCAAGGUCGACAAUAAUAAUAAAACUCAAUAAUUCACGCCGGAACGUGUCGUGUUUACCGAAUACCUAUUAUUUAUUAUUAUUAUUAUUUUUUAAUAGUAAUAAGGCGUGUUUUAUCGUUAUUAUCUGUAUACCUACAUAUACAUGCCGUAAAGCGGGUAAACGCCCGUCAAACGGUUAACGACCCGCCCGGCCUGUUCGACGAGCGCGGGCACAAUUUCGCCGAAAGGAUUCCCUCCGCUCGCAUCGCGUCUUCGUCUUUUCCGCGACAAACAAACAAACUAAUAAUAAUCAUGAUAGACCUCUCCACCGUCUGCACGUCCGGCGUGGACAUUGUACGUCUAGACCGGAACGUUCGGCGCGAAAAAGCGUUCCGGCCGGGUAAAGCUUCCGAACCCGAGGACCGGACCGAGGGUGGAAUACUGUGCGCAACAUUAUAGUCGACAACAAUACAUAGACACCGCGCACGUGAUAACAAACCGAGCGUUUCAAUCGCAGGCCGUCCUCGAAACGCAAGUCGCGUUCUCUCUCGAGCCCCGGUCCGCGUGCGCGUAUCUGCGGUAUCUCUUGAUCCGUUCAGGACCGACCACGCCUCCCGGUCCUCCGGACGAACGUUCCGUCCGGACGUACUGCGAGAGGAGUGAAGUCUGCGGCGGUGGCGACGGCGGUCGCAACGCUCGGACAAUAAUUGCCCGGUCGUUUGUCGCGUCGGCGGAGGGAAAAAACGGCACUGCGAUCCGGUCGGCGGUCGUCGUUGUCGUCGUCGCCGUGUCACUGUUCAGCGUGUACAGCCCGUAACCAUAACCGGAAUAACGGUAAUGACCGCGAAAAGUCAUUGACGUAACACUCGGUUAUUGAAUCGCUCGUUGUUCUCGAUACAAUAUCCAACUAUAUAUUGGUAAAUAUCGCGUAUUGCAUUAUGUAGUUUAUCGACUGUACACAAUACGCGUGGGCGUCAAGAGGUAAAUAAUUGACGUUCGAAUGCUGAUGAUAAAUUAACGUUUUCGCGUGUAUACGUUGAAUAGAUAACCGGGUUUUUCGAAAAACGGACAAUGUACGAUACGACGUUUUUUCUCGUGAUAAUUAUUUGGUCCCUGGGAAGCAAGACUCAAGUCAAUUGUUGGCAUUUCUUUUUUUUUCAAAACUUUUUAUCCCUUUAAAGAUCGCGAUAAAACCUAGAAAAAAAUAUUUAAAAAAAAAAAAAAAUGCAAAAAGACGUUUCUCAAAAGUGACUUUUUUUUAUCAGCUUUUAACAGCUUUGAACGUUAAAAAAAUUGCAUUUUUCAAAAUACGUACGGUUUUGUUUUUAAUCUACUUAUACUUCGUUUUCAAUAUAGCGUUAGAAAAUUGUAUAUAACGAGUCAGAACUGUGUUAGAGGGGAAAAUUUUAAAUCAUUUUAGAUUCGGAGCAUAGCGAGGCUUUACAAUAAUGUUUUCGAAAUUAUGUUUCUUUCUCCUUUUUUUUUUUUUUUUAUCUGUGAGCAACUUUUCUACAAUAAAUCUCGCUCUGAAUUUAAGUAAUAUUAUCCGGGUGGUACUUAAGGGUAGGUCAUUUUUAAAUUUUCCAAGCGGUUUUCAUAAAAAUUGAGAAUACCUGGAAGAACGUAGGAUAAAUGGACAAAUUUACGUACCUACACGUAUAAAAUAUAUUUGGUUCCGAAUCGUUUAUCGUUAGCAUUGGUUUAUUGUCGCGUACAGAUAUAAAUUAAAUUUCCUUUUUAUAUCUUAUCUUCUCAACUUCUCACCAAAAACAGUUGCCCGCCCGUCGUGCGAAGUAUGUCAGUCUAUUUGUCAAGUGUUUUUUUUUUUUUGACGUUUUAUAGCGCUUUUCGUGGAUUUUUAGUACGUACAAAUCCGUUCGCUAUGUAUGUAAUGACAUAUUGAUUAAAUGCGAGUGUAUAUAUUAUUUUAUUGAAUGCUAUAAUAUUAUACUCGAGAUAGACGGCAUGUUUUACUAUUUAGAUACGUAGUAAUAAUUUCCUUAUAAAAUGCGAUUAUGAUAUAUAUAUAUAUAUAUAUAUAUAUAUAUACAUUAAAAAAAAAAUUAGUUUUUUUUUUAAUGUAUACAUAGUUUAUUGUUAGUUUAAAAAUAAUUUACAUUUGCGUAGGUAUUUGUAAAAAUUAAAAAAAAAAAAGUUAAAAACUGCUUGGUUUUCUGUAUAUUUUAGUGAACGUAUAAAAAAAAAAAGCAAACUAAUAUUAUUUUAUGACGCAUAUAUUUUGUAUUUGGAUAUUUUUUUCUUGUACGAAGACGUUUUCGGAAUUAAAAAUAUAAUAUUUAACGAAACAACGUGCCCGUAUAAUAUUAUAAUAAGCGUAAAAUUAUUCGGAAUUAAACGAAAACAAACAAUUUCACGUAAUUGCAUGCGUAUAAUAAUAUAAUACAAUAUAUAAGUGGGUAGUGAAAAUCCUAACGUAUAAAAUAUAUACGUUAUUUUUUACACCCCGUAUUGUUUUAAACGAUAUCGUCGUCAAACUCGUCGAAAAAAUAAAAUACAAGAAUUCGAAAUAACGUUAUUAUUUCGAGGUAAAAAAAAAAAAAAAAAAAAGUAAACUAAAACAAAUCAAAAUAUUCGUUAAAAUUAUGGUAAUUGUUAAGAAACGUACCUAGGUAUUAUUAUUAUUGUUGUUGUUGUUAUUAUCAUUACGAGACAAACGAUUCCGCCGGAUUGAAUUACAUUAUAUAUUCGUAUAUAUUUGUAUUCGACUAUCAAUAUAAUAUACAACCACCACCACUACUUUUACCACGGCCACUUUUACCACGACCGCUAUCCAUCGCUCAAUCUUCCGCCGGAUCCCUGGUAUCGGUUACCUAUUACGGCCCGGCAGCAGUAACUGCAGCAGCCGACGGAGUAACGACGUGUAAAACACGAGGGUACGCCCCGAAUAUUUCUUCAUUUUCCGUUCGCAACUACUGUCGUCACGUCCGUCCUCUCCUCUUUCGGUACAAUCCUUCCGGCUCUCGUCUAUUGUUCCAUUGUCUUCGCCGAGCACGAGAUAUCCGUUAUUAUUAUCCUCAUCGUGUCGCCCGCAAAUAUAUAAUAUAAUAUCGUUUCACGUACCUAUCGCUCCCGACGACGUACCUAUCUAUACAUUCGAAAAGCGACCAGAAUAAUUUGCGAUUUCUAUACGUACCUUAUGUACCGUAUAGUAAUAGGUACAAUGCGAUCCGUUUAAGCGGCUGUAGGUUUACUCGUUAUAUCAACUCGGGAAGUAAUAAUUUUUUUUCAAUUUUUUUUUUUUACGACAAUUUAUGAAACGAGUGGUUCUUAAAUGUUGCAUUAUUUCCGGCCGUGAAACGGGGCUACCUAAUUUUGAUUUUUUAAUGGUGACCUAUAUAUCAACAAUUUCGUGAAUAGAUAGAAUAUAUUUUGGUGUUCAAAUUCCGAUUAACAAUAUCACGUCAACGAAAUUUAAAAAUGUCAACACUAAAAUGUAUUUAAACCAAUAUACUCUGUACAUUUUGAAUGUAUAAGGCCUCCAUUCGAAAAUUAAAAGUACCUAGGUACUUUAUAUCAUUUCACCCACGAAAUCAAGAGUGACGAAAAGUAACGGUAAUGUACCAUUUCAGAACCCCUUGUUUCUUUAAAAAAAACUUUUCGAGAUAAUGAGCGAAUCCACUUAAACUGUUCAUCGAUCAGACAAAGACGAGAGUUGUGGUGGACGUUGUGCGUGAACGUGCGUUGAAACAAAAGGUGUUUUUGAUAAAAGAAAAUGAAAAUUUAUCCAGGCGUCCGGCGGUGUGAAAAACGUGCUUAGAGGAAAUAAUAUGUGAACAGUGUGCUGUCGAGACAGCGAUCGAAACACGUGCACAUGUCGCCGUAUAGCAGGGAACAUCAUACGGCGGUCGUCGCGCCCGUCUCUGCCGUUUCGCCGGUGAUCGAAGAGUUCGGCGGCGGCAAAAAAGACGACGUUUCCGGCGCGGGUCUGCCGCCCUACCACCACAAAUAUUCGGAGUCCGGAAAACCCGCCGCGGGAUACACGAAUGGGUUGUCGUUGCUCCGCCGUCUCUUCCGUUGGUGGCUGGCCCGGUUCGGUCAAAAACCGUUGGCUAAAAAAGGUACGUUGAGUUAUACUACGUCAUGUUAUUUCGCGCGCGAUUAUCGAAUACUGUCUCACAAAAAAACUCUGAGUUUUACAUUAAGGGCACUGUACGGCACAGAAACGUAG